AUGGAGAGUCCAAAAAUGGUCAAAUGGCCAACACACUUUGAUAAUCUAAAUGCCGCACUAGCAUUCGCACGAGAAUACUGGCCUCAAGGCCCCGUAUACAGCAAUCUUGAAUCUACCAACACACACUUAGUCGCCAUUAUUAGCAACCUCAUCCAGGACCUUCGCAUCAGCCGACAAGAAGUCUACGCUUCCACAGCUAUGGCACUAGCACAUCUGACAUUUGCCAAGAGUAACCUAUACCGCGUAGGCAAACGCAAUCAAGAACUACAAGCCGAGGUCGACCGUUUCAAACGGCACAAUGUCGAACUUGGGGAUGAUCAUAAAUUACUCGUCGCUAAACACGACACACUCAAGUCAAAACACGCACAGAUCUCCGAACGCCUCAUGAAAGCACAGUCCCGCUUAUACGAGCAAACGGAACAAUCCACCGACAAUCUCGGUGUUCUUCAAGCCGAGCUUGACUUCGUACGCAUAGAGCUUCAAGAAAAACUUGAUAUUAUCGAGCAAUUCGAACACGCAACAAAGCCGAAACCAGCAUCUUACGCGGACAAAUAUGGCAUCACUGCCGACGAUCUUGGUAUCCCGCUUUCCGAGUGCCCCAAGUACAAGGACGCGUACAAGCGAACAAAACUAGAGAACUGGGAAAACUUCGGACCUUGGAUUAUGGGCAUCAAAAUAGAACUCGCACACUAUGGUGUUCUGUAA